AUGAAUGCGACGUCCGUUGCAUCAUCGAGCCAAAUGUUUUCCCCGUUCAGCCAGAAGACGCAAGGCUCGUCGCAGGCGUUCAAUCCUUUCGCCCCUCGACCGGCCGGCGAAGGAGCUUCAUUUGGUUCCGGUGGUGCAGGCGGCUCCGACUCGCAGAAGAAUAACAAGCGCAAGAAUGGCUUCGCCAGCGGCAGCGACACCGAGAGGAAGCCCAAGGCCGGCAAUCCGUUCCAGGUCAAGGAUGGGAAUGGGAGCCUGAGCGACAGCGGGAGGCAGGGGAAGAAGCGAGGCGGCGACGGGGAGAAGAAGAAGAAGUCGUCAGAGGUCAAGAGGACUCAAAAGAAGGAACGCGGUGAAGACAGCACGUCACGCCCCAGCUCGUCUUCGAGUGCGAGCUCCGUCGACGAGACCUCCGACACCGCGGUCAUGCGCGCCACCGAUCCGUACACGAAAAAGGUGUACGACCAGCUGCGGAAGGAUGGCAUCAGUCCCCCGGCCUGGCCGUCCCAGCCUGGAGAUCCGAAGAGCAAGGUGGAGAUGGCCAAGUUCAGGGAAAAGUACGAGGAUUAUCGACAAAAGGUGCGCGCCUCGCUCACGAAAGCGGCUCUUAUCGACGACCCGAACAAACGAAAGACGCUCGAAAACGCCAUUACCUUCCAAGGUAUCUGCGAGGACAUGUGCUCCGAGUACGAAAAGAUUACGCGAAUCACCGAGCUGGAUGUUCCCCAGCCGGAAAGGGAUGCACGGACAGGAGUUGCAAAGACGAGCCGAAUGGUCAAGAAGCUGGCGCGCUCGGCUGCCGGGCAGGAGGCUCCUCUCCCAAUGGACGUCCGCUCUACAGCUGCCUUACGACGGACUCUAGACUACCUGAUCGACGACCUGCUUCGCAACGACGACAACCUGCCAAUUCUACACGGCUUCUUGUGGGAUCGGACGCGAGCUAUUCGCCGAGACUUUACCUUUUUCUCGUCCCCUACGGUCGACGACUUGAAGACGCAGGCUUAUGUACUGGAGACCAUUGCGAGGUUCCACGUCACAGCACUGCAUCUUCUGUCACAACCAGGAAAAGCUGGCGAAGAUUUUGUGGAACAGCAGGAACUCGAGCAACUUGGCAAGGCCCUACUUUCUCUCCGAGAUUUGUACGACGACUGCAAUGCUCAGGGCAUCACUUGCGAAAACGAGGCCGAAUUCCGCGCAUACUAUGUGCUGUUUCACGCUCACGAUUCAAACACAGCUGAGAUGCUGCAACGACAGUGGAAACCGCAUUUCUGGAGGGACUCGGACGACAUCAGGACCGCCGUAUCGCUUGUCGAAGCCUUGCAAAACACCAACGACUUCCACCCCCCGCUGAAACCGGCUCCGUCCCUGGCGGCAGCUAAUGCUUUCCACUCAUACUUUCGAAUCGUCGAAGAUCCCAGCGUCUCAUACACGAUGGCAUGUUUUGCGGAAUGCCACUUCCCACAAAUUCGCCGGUCCAUCCUGCGGGCUGUGAGGAGAGCAUUGGCCCGGCCCAAGGAUACGACAAACGAUGUGACGGCUGCUGCCUUGAACAAGUUCCUUCGGUUUGACACUACCCAAGAGGCUAUCGAUUUCGCGAAGCUACACGGUCUUGACUUUGUUCCAGACGCGCAGGCUCCCAUGGACGUCAACCGGCAACUCCUGGUCCUGAAUAACAGGGGGCCUCUAUUGCACCCGCGACUUCACCAUCAGUUCUCACAAACCUUGGUCGAAAAGAAGCGACAAAACCGGCCAUUGCCAGAUGUGAUUCAUAAAACAGUUUAUGAAGACUCAACGGGUUCUUUACCCGGUGCCGUCUCCUUGAAGAACGAGGCAUCUCUCUUUGUGGGAGGUUCAGUGCCGGGAACUCCGGCCGAGUCUCCUUUGAUGAACUCGCAACGAUCGCCUGCGUUCGGCCAGCCUCUCAGCGGGUUUGGGAGCAACCUUGCCGCACCAGAACAACCGACCAACAUCUUCGGAGCCCCUGAAGCACCAAAAUCAACUUCACCAUUCUCGAAUCCGUUUGCUUCCGCCGCGACACCCACGGCGACAGCUUGGGGCAGCGCUCCUACUUUCGGUUCUACAACGCCUGCUGUGCCUUCGACCAAACCACCAGCAGCAACCAACCCUUUCGCACCCGCCAUCACGUCAAGCAGUACUUCCGCAAAGCCCCCUACUCAACCAACAAUUUUGGGUGGAGGCACCCCUAUCAAUCCCUUCGCAACGGCAGCGCCAGCGCCUUCGACGACAUUCCAGGGCAAUUCUACCGGGUUCAAAUUUCCGAGCUCCGAUAGCUUGAAGAAGGUGGAUGGUAGCACCACCACCCCCAUCACAUCGCCUCCUCCCUCGGCCGCGCCAUUUGCCUUCUCAGCCCCAGGCCUGGCUACUCCUACUCCUACUCCUUCUUCUGCUCCAGCCCCACAACCUGCGAGUCCUCCACGCGAUCCGCUUGGCGAUUUUACAAAGUGGUUCGUCAAUGGAGACAAUGGGCUGAUGAGGGAAUUCGAGGUGUUCAUGGUAGAAAGCAUCGUCCGAGAAACUUAUGACAAGUUUCAGAAGGAUGAGGAAGAGAGGAAGGCCAGAGAGAAAGAGGAAAGGGACAAUGCGGAAGCUAAGCGAUUCCGAGUAUACAAUCUUUCUCUCAAAUACUUUUACCGCUGGAAGAGAAACGCCCGAGAGAAGCGGCUGAGGCAUCUUCGUCGAAGCGGACGCGAUCAAUUCCGUGCGUUUCGCGAAGCUCAGCGAGCAGCACAGCUCAGGGAACAGCAAGAAAAUGCCCAACGGAUUGCGAAACAGCAGGCGGAACUUGCUGCUCUCAAUCGACCUGAUGAGCUGGCAAGUAUUUUGAAGAGGAACCAGCGGAACAAGAGGAAAGCGGAAGAAGAAGCACUGCUUGCGUCCGGCGUCUUGUCCGGCGUUUCCAACGAACGGAGAGCCGUUUCCGCCAUCUUUCGCAACGAUUACCGACUGUCCCCCACGCCCUCGUCGAUUAAUGGGAGCCAGGGGGUUAGGUCUCGCUCUGGGUCGAUCGCUAGCACCGAGGGCGGCUCAAAGACGCGAGCAUUGCGCGAACGGCUCAUGGGUGAAAAGCCCGGCCGCUUUCAUCGUUCUCUGCCUUCUGUUUCGGCCGAUAGCUCGCCGCCGGAGAAGACGCGCGUCAGCAAGGUCUCAGAGCGCUGGCGGCUCAAAGCCAUGGGCAUCGUGCAGAUGCCGGACGGGACUGCUCUCCCCGAAUCCAUGGUGGAUGAAAUCAAGCGCGGCCUUAAGAGGGACACGAGUCUCAGGAGGGACACGAGUCUCAGGAGAGACGCAUCACUUCGACGGGCGAACGACCCCUUCGCCGACAGUCCGCUCACUAUUAACAAUAAGCGAAAGCGAUCUUUCGGGGACGAGGGCGAAGGCGAAGGCGAGACGGCCAAGAAGACAGUGGAGGAGGAGGAUAAUACGGACACGGAUUCUCACAAGCGCGUCAUGAGCGACGCGGAGCUAUUGAUACAGGAGCUCAGGGCGAUGAGGCAGGAGAUGGAGGAGGGCACGACGUGGUUCAAGUCACAAAAUGGAAAGCUACAGAGCGAUAUAUUGAGCAGAGGGGGUACUCCUCUGGAAAACGAAAGCAGCAUCAUAUGA